CAAGAAUCGUAAGUACAGAGCUAAAAGUGAGAUCAUUGAUCACAUGAAGCUAAAGAGUAAAGAGAACACACUUCAUCAACCGCUGAACCCACUUCUCCUAUGAUCUAAGGGAGAGAAUAGCCAGGAUGGAUGAUACAAUUUCAAUACACAAAUUCAAGCGCAGGAAGUUUUUGAUGGGAGAGGAUGCUGAUAAAGGCGAAGAUAAGAUCAGCAAAAUGCCUGACAGUAUCUUGCAUAAAAUUCUUUCCUUACUUCCAAUUGAAGAUGUGUUAAGAACUUCUCUAUUGUCUAAAAGAUGGAGAUAUCUUUGGACUUCCAUUUCAGAUCUUGAUUUCUUUGAGAAUAGUCUGUUGUGCAGGCCAUUUCUGGCGGAUACUAACUUUGUGAAUUCGGUGGAAAGACUAUUACUCCUUCAUGACUCUUCAAACAUACAAAAAUUCCAUCUGAAAUUAGAUUUAAGUGUCUGUCCAUUACGUGUUACUACAUGGAUUGCUGCUGCAGUAAGGUGCCAGGUUCAAGAGUUUGAUCUUUCCCUACCUAAUGAAGUACCCGUUGUGUUGCCAGAUAACCUGUUUACUUGUGAAUUACUUAAGAAAUUGAAAUUACAGAUGAAUUCAAUCUUUAUCUUUCCUGAUCUCAUACACAUGACCAACCUUACGACCUUACAUGUUACAGCUACAUUUCCAUAUGACAGAUCCACUGAAAAUCUUUUUUCUGGUUGUCCACUUCUCCAAGAGUUGGUUUUACACAAUUGUGUAUGGAGGCAUAGUGAUAUAAUCACAAUUUCUGUUCCUAAUAUAAGGACAUUGACUAUUUCCCGCGACUGUCUUCAACCAUUUCCACAUGGUUUUUAUGAUUCUGUUAGGAUUUCUGCUCCAAAGCUUACCUCUCUCAAAUGCAUAAAUUAUCUAUCCGGUGAAGUUUUUCUAUGCAACUUACCGUCACUGGUCGAUGCAUAUAUUGAUAUUCAGGGUAUGAAGUACAUGGAUGUAGUAGUUCAUGAACGCGCAAUAAAGCUACUUGGUGGAGUUUGCAAAGUCAAAUCUCUUACGGUGUCAAAUCGUACCCUUCCAAUUUUUGCCAGCUAUGAUAUCUUUCGUGUUCCUCUUCCUGUAUUUGGUAACUUAACUCAUUUGAAGGUGAAUAGUGUGCAUAGGCACACAAGCGCAGAGUUGCUGCACAUUCUUAGGAAGUCAACUAAUUUAGAAUCUCUUGAGAUGCCAAUGGGAAUCAGAAGCCGUCAUUGGUAUUUUCAUAUUGUACCCUCAGGCACUACGAUUCUAUCUUGCUUGAAAACUCUGAUCUUGACAGGAUUUUGCCCGAAUGUGGUGGAGGAUGUAUAUUUUCUAAGACAUUUAUUGCAAAAUGCAAUGGUGCUGGAGAAGAUAACAAUAAUCUGUUCAGAGACCAUUGCGCCAAAUUCGAAGACGCGAAAGAAGAUUAUUGAUCGGUUUCAAGUGUUUUGUUUAAGACGGAGGAGCUGUGUAAUUGAGUUUCUUAAGUAAUGCUCUAGAGUAGUUGACAUUUCUGCUGAUUGUAGUGUCGUUGAAAAACUCAUAUAUUUUGUGUUGUAUGUAAAAUUUGAUGCACACGAUGCAUUG